GCAGGUCGGUGGACCCAAUCCAUAGCCGCAUAUGGACAUAUUAGGGUGCGUGGAGCAGCAUGAACAGCAACACCGCUACCAAGCUUCCUCUCUCUCUUAAAAAUAUUUUUGCCUUUGGGGUUGGAAGGGAGAGAAAAGCAGCAGGAAAAUCAGUGAAGAAAGUAAAGUAAAUUAAGGAAAGGAAAAGGAAAACGAAUGGUUUGUGUAUGUGUUUCUGUAUCUGCAUGACACCGAGCCACAGAGUAACCACACAGCAUCCUUACUUUACAAAAACUUUCAUUUAAAACAAGGAGACAGUAGAGGAAAAGCAUCAAAUGGCCAUGGAAUUCAUUCUUUUCCUCCUUCUAAGUUGCCUUGAUUUUAGCUUCAUUUUCAGAUCUUUACCCUUCUAGAUUUCUGCCUUCUUAGAUACACAGAAGCUCGAAUCACUGGCUCUUCGGGUUUUGAUAUAAGGUUUGAGUAGAAAGCUUCAAUUGCAUGUGGUCUUUCAUCUUUGUGACUUCAAGAUUCAGAUUGUUCAGUCUGAAGAGAAGAACAGCGAAAAAGCUCAAGGAGGUAGAAAAUAAGAAGAUUUUAUUCAGAGAUGGCUGGUGCUUCUUCUUCGGCAAUGAUCUUUAAUAUGAGAGAAGAAGAUCCAAACCAGAUGAAACAACAGCUUUCCCCAGCUCCAACUUCAUCAACAAACCCAACUACAGCUCCCCAGAAGAAAAGAAGAAAUCAACCUGGAAAUCCAAAUCCAGAUGCAGAUGUUAUUGCGCUAUCUCCCAAGACACUAAUGGCUACAAACAGGUUUGUGUGUGAGGUAUGCAAUAAAGGGUUCCAAAGAGAGCAAAACCUGCAGCUUCACAGAAGAGGACAUAACCUCCCUUGGAAGCUAAAGCAGAAGACUACAAAAGAGGUGAGAAGGAAGGUUUAUCUGUGCCCUGAGCCCACAUGCGUCCACCAUGACCCUUCAAGAGCUCUUGGCGAUCUCACUGGAAUAAAGAAACACUACUCUAGAAAGCAUGGUGAGAAGAAGUAUAAGUGUGAGAAGUGCUCUAAGAAAUAUGCUGUGCACUCUGAUUGGAAAGCCCAUUCUAAAACCUGUGGUACUAGAGAGUACAGAUGUGACUGUGGCACUCUUUUCUCAAGGCGUGACAGCUUUAUCACUCACAGGGCCUUCUGUGAUGCACUGGCUCAAGAGACUGCAAGACAUCCCCCCACCUUAAACUCCAUUGGCAGUAGCCAUUUGUAUGCAAGUAGCAACAUGAGCUUCGGGUUAACUCAGGGAGGGCUCCAAUCUUCUUCAAUUCAUGAUCAAAAUCAGACAUCUACUGAUAUAUUCCGACUUCCUGGUGCUCGGACAGGGCAAUUUGAUAGUCUCAUUGGACAUUCUGUUGGUUCAGCAUUCCGACCAACACAAACUGUGCCUUCAUCUGCUUUCUUCAUGCAAGAAUCAAACCAAAAUAGUCAUGAAGAAAACCAAUCUCAACCUGGGUUAUUUCCAAACAAGCCAUUUCAUGGACUAAUGCAAAUUUCUGAUCUCCAGAACAUUGCAGACAACCCUCCUUCUGCUUCCAAUCGCUUUAACCUCAGUUUUUUUCAAAACAGCAGCAACAAUACCAGCAUUGACAAUGGCAGUAAUGCCAACAAUAUCAGUAGCAAUCUAUCAUCUUCCAGUUUAUUGGUUCCAAAUCAGUUCAACAGUGGACAUGCAAGUGGUAGCAGUGGUGACGGCUCCAACUUAUUCUCAGGUAAUGUAGUGGGUGAUCAUAUUAGUUCCGGCUUCCCUUUUUUCUACAAUUCAUCAGUUCAAAACCACAACGUUGCUCCACCUAUGUCUGCAACUGCACUGCUUCAAAAGGCUGCCCAAAUGGGUUCAACCACAAGCAAUCAUGGUUCCUCUUUGCUGAAAGGAUUCGGAAGCAGCACCUCGAGCAUAAAAUCAGAUCGCCACAUCGCCACCGGUAAUUUUGGUGACAACAAUGGAAGCAACCUCCAUGACCUGAUGAAUUCUCUUGCUGGUGGUGGUGGAUCCUCCGUCUUAGGAGGAGGGUCUGGAGGGAUCAACGCAUACUGUGGACAUGGACAAGACGAACAUUAUGGUGGUUUCAAUGAGAAUGAACUUAACUUGGAACAAGCACAAUCUAAGCUGCACGACAAUCUCGCCGUUAGUACUGUUAGAGGCUCCGAUGGACUGACCAGAGACUUUCUUGGGGUCGGAGAGAUAGUGAGAAGCAUAAGCGGUCGGUUUUCACAGAGAGAGCAGCAACUUGGCAUUGAUAUGAGUUCAUUGGAUUCAGAAGCAAAGAGUGCGAUGAAAAGCCACACUUUUGGAGGUGGGAACUUUCAGUGAGAGGAAUUAGUGAGGAAACGGGAGCAACUAGGAAGAGGUACGUAAACUAUGGACAUGUUUAGGUGAUUGCAUAGUUUCCAAUUCUACUUUUAGCCCUAAAAUUUUAUAUUAAUAUCUUCACCUAGAUAUGAUUCAAAUGAUAUGAUUCAAAUGAAUAAGUGUGCAAUUACAAUUACAAUU